CGGGCGACGGGGCGGGACGGGGCGGGGACUCCUCUCACGGCGCAUGUUCUGCGGGCGGAGAGGGCGGAGCUGUUGGUGUCAGUUGGUCCAAGUGUCCCGGCCUGGGGUGUCUUCUGGUUCUUACCACUUCCCGGCGCCUCAAACGAAAGACCAUUCACAAAGGAUUUUGUAUCCAAGGCCUAAAAUUUUGUUACCCAAGAUGAUGAAUGCUGACAUGGAUGUUGAUGCUGAAAAUCAGGUGGAACUGGAGGAAAAAACACGACUUAUUAAUCAAGUGUUGGAACUCCAACACACACUUGAAGAUCUCUCUGCAAGAGUAGAUGCAGUUAAAGAAGAAAAUCUGAAGCUAAAAUCAGAAAACCAAGUUCUUGGACAAUAUAUAGAAAACCUUAUGUCAGCUUCUAGUGUUUUUCAAACAACUGACACAAAAAGCAAAAGAAAGUAAGGGAUUGAUACCCUCCUGUUUUAUGGAAUUGCUGCUGAUCUUUUUGUCUUUAAAACUUGGAUAGAUUCCAAAAGUUCCAGUACCUUUGUGGCUUCAUUGAAUAUUUAUGAAGAUAAUGUCAGAUGUAGGCAAAAUUAACAGUAUAACAGGAGACUUCCAUGAGUUUGUGUAUUAGUCUAUGAAAAUGUGCAAAUGUAUUGUAGACACUUUAUAAUUAGAAUUGCAUAUAUUUAUGAAACUUAAAGAUGAAUGUUUUAUUGAAAUUUGUUUUGAUUUGUAGGUGUAGCACUGUCUUUUAUUAUAGGCUUAGUAAGAUAUAUAAGAAAUAACCACCAUGUUGUGACAAAGUGACCAAAAUCAUGUACUGAAUGCACAGCUUUAUGUCCCUGUCCACCAUCGUGUGCCUCUUCUCCAUAUGCCGCUUCUGUACUGUUUCCCCUUCCCCUCAUGAAAACCGUGGUUUCACAUUUGUAAAAAGUAGCUUUAAUCAUCUCUGAGAGUAACCUGAAUUUUAAUUGUUGGAACUUAACCAAAAUGAGAUACUUUCUCGGCCAAGACAUGUCAUUUGAGAUAUUUAGAAUUAAGAUAGGAUUGCUUAUUUCCCUUGAAAUCAGUUGAAAACAGAUGGGGCUCUACAAAUGAAGAUUUUUCUUUGAAACUGAAUUGUGAACUUGGGAAAGUUUGAUAAAAACUUGUUUUUGCACAAAACAACCCAUUUGGUAUCUGAAUAGAUAUGAAUUCUCGUCGUGUGUGAGUUUAAAUAGAAAAUUUUGAGGAGAAAUGGAAAUAGGGUAGAAAAAUAAAAAUAGGGUAGAAAAGUAAACAGUGGUAGCCAACUCAGUGUUUUCACUCCAGGUUUGUAUUAUCUCUGGCACACAGAUGUUUUGGAAAUACAUCUGAAAGUGGAUUAAACGUAACUACUCUUAUGUAAGCCACAUUUGGGAGAGAAUGUUACAAAGAGAUUGGUCUCAAGGUUUAUUUUUACCCAGCAGAUUAAUUUUUGGAAAAUUCCUUAAGAGUAUAUUAAUGUCAGAAUUAUGAAUAAAAU